AUGGACUUCCACCUCCACGGCAGCUCCCCCUCCUCCGACGACGACCGGAAGCACCCCAUCAGCAACACCUCUAUCCAGACCCCCAACGGCCACUCAUCCGACCCAAUGCACUCCUGGUGGGAAUCCAUCUCCAGAGCUCGCGAGCGCAUCCACCUCCUAUCCUCCCUGCUUCCUCCGCCCGCCGCUGACGACGAAGACCCGCUGUCGUCACUCGCCGACACCGAUCGUCCGGCCAGAUCCCUCCUCCUCUCCUCCGCCGUUUACGCGUCCGUCUCCGCCGCCGUCUCCUCCCCCUCCUCUGGUUCCAGCGAGGACAACCUUUGCCACUGGCUCUACGACACGUACCUCUCCUCCGACCCUGACCUGCGCCUCGUCGUCCUCUCCUACCUCCCGAUCGUCGCAGCCGUCUACCUCCGCCGAAUCCACCACCCCGCCUCAGACCAACCGGUCUCCCUCUCCGGAUUCGAGGCCGUACUUCUCGCCGUAUACUCAGCCGAGACCAAGGCCCGCAACGGGAAGCCCGUCACGAUUAGCAUCCCAGAUCUCUCCCAACCCUCUCUUUAUCACGCCCCUCGCAAUCAGGUUAAGUCUUCAAACCCUAAUUCCAACCCGGGCAAGACUCUUGUUGGUGUUUUGUCGCUUCCCCUGGAGCCUCAGAUGGCGGUUAAGUCCACCAAGCGGGCAUCCAUAGUAGGCGUCGUUCUCGAUUGCUAUUACAAGCAGAUCUCUCAGAUGCCGAGCUGGUCGAAACUUGACUGCUGUAGAUUUGCUGCGGUUUGGGCUGGGGAGGAUUGCCCUUGUGCCUUAGAUUUCGACCAAAAAUUGGAGAGUGUUAUCGAGAAUGGGGAUGGAUUUGGGAAAGGAAUUUCGUUUGAGGAUGAUGAGAUCGAAAGUGUGGGGGAAAGAGUCAAGGAUUUGGUAAUCCAGGAACAUAAUUCAACAAAUGGGGGAGAAAAAGAUGCACAAAUUCCUCUGCCAUGGGAAUUACUGCAGCCGGUUUUGAGGAUUUUGGGACAUUGUUUGCUGGGGCCGUUGAAUGCUGAUGAGGUGAAGGAUGCAGCAUCCAUGGCCGUCCGCCGAAUGUAUGCUCGAGCUUCACAUGAUUUGGUUCCUCAAGCUAUUUUGGCGACUAGGAGUUUGAUCCAGCUAGAUAAACGGGCACGUGAAUCAGCCAAGGCUGCUGUAUUCACAGAGGCUGCUACUCCUUCUGGUUCGAAUGCGAACACGCCAAGUAAAGCUAAGAAACCUGAGAUCCUUUUGGUUUCCAAGUGA